GAGGCUGGUUGAGGCCGAGAGGCUGGAAGCGGCUCCGGGCAUGGAAACUAUAGCAACGGUAAUGAGAGCAAGAGGUGAGCGCGGCGGGGCACCGAGUCGAGCGUUGGCCUGUCUCCUGAGCAGCUGGAGCAGGAUUUGGGACAAUGAUGGUUGAGCAGGUAUAUAGACUUUGUGGCAGCGAUUUGGGUGUUUGCCUGUCUAACCCAAUUUACAGCUGAUUGCACCUGUGUAUGGACACGGUUGCCAUGGAAACUGACGGCAAUGAAGAGACAGCUGGAACAAAACCUUUGUCUCCAGGCCGUGGGGAACUUGCCAGAGGGAACCAGACCCAGGGAGCUGCUAUACAUGCAUCGUCAGAGUGUACUAAUACCACUGAUGCUGAACAGUCUUCUGGGAAGCUUAAGAAAACAGCAUUCAAACUGUUUGGAGGAAGGAAGAACAUUUGCACAUUACCUAGCUUUUUCACAAUAAAGAACAAAGGGCAAGUAAAAGGACCCUCCAAAAAGGGAAUAGCCAAAAGCAAAACUCACAGUGGCAUAAGUGAAGUGAUGUUGGAUAUCAACCAGAAAGAAAGAUCUGAUACUGGAUGGAUUGGAUAUACUGAUUCACCUAGUUGUAAUUCUGCUGCAGCAAGAACAUUAUGUGGCUCUAAAAGUGAGCACUCGGCACUUGAUAACAAUGUAAACUCUAAUCUCCAUAAAGGUGAAUCACUACAAUCAGAAAACUCUGAAUGUUUUGCUCAGAAACAGAACACAGACAAGCCCUCGAGUGUGCGAAGGUCAAAGAAGGGACUACGGGGUCUGUUUAGUAGUAUCAGGCGUCACAAAAAGAACAAAGCUAUUGAUUCUACUAAAGAAAAUCCAUUGGACAGCAACUGUGCUGCUGACUUUGCACAUAUGGAACAAAUGACAGUAGGAGAGGAAGGUGUGUGUGCUGAAUUUAAAAAGGGCUUGGAGGAGCUAAAUUUGAAGCCUGCAUGUAAAAUGAACCAUUUGGUAACUGGUGAUUCAGUUGAUAAAAAUGUAAUUGCAAAUAGUACAAGUUCUUCAUCCAAAUCAUGUUCCAUUAAAAUAGAAAAUUCAUUGAAAAAUAAACGACGUGAUUUUGAGACAUCUUCUGCAGAGGUCCGUAAAGCCAGUCCAGUUGAAAUUAAGACAUUAAGUGAGAAGGCAGGUACUGUUAUUCUUAAUAUGGACACUAAUUUUGGUAGCAUGCCAGAUAUUGGAAAACCUAAAUGCCUCGACCAUGAUCCACCUUCAGUACAUUCUUUUGAUCAUAUCAGCUUAAUUUUUGGUGAUGUGACCUCACUGAAGAGCUUUGAUUCCCUGACAGGAUGUGGGGACAUUACUGCUGACCAUGAUGAUGAUAGCAUUGCUGAAAGUACAGUGUCUGGUGAGAGGGGUAGAACAGCUGGGAAGCGAAGCUCAUGUCUGGUCACUUACCAGGGUGGUGGGGAAGAAAUGGCAACUCCAGAUGAGGUGGAUGAAGAAUACCUUAAAGCGUUGUGGAUGAAAGCAACAGGAGCAACUAUAAUCUACGGUAGCAGUCAAAGUAUAGCAGAGGAUGGAGGUGAGUGUCCAAGAUCGCCAAGUGAUGUUGAACACACUGCCUUGCAAAUCAGUCUGGCUGAUCCUUGUGCUCUGAGGGGGAUCACUGAUAGUGCAAUUAACAGCAGUGAACUAGUGACACCUCAGAGUGACCACCAAGAAUCUGCACCAAAUAGUGAUGAAGGUUAUUAUGACUCUACAACCCCAGGACAUGAUGAGGAAGAGGGAGAUAGCAUCAGCCAAAGCAAAAAUGAACAGCUUCCAAGGGAUAGCUAUAGUGGGGAUGCUUUGUAUGAGCUCUUUGUUGAGCAGAACGAUAGCCUCAUGAAUUCCCCUCCCAGUGAUGAACAGUCUUUAGAAUCAAAGCCUCUUUCUUUGGGAACCUCAUUUGCAGGUAUUUUAAAUCUUCCUAUGCUAGGGGGUAUAAAUGUUUCUCAUAUUCCAAACAAGCAAACUAUUGUGCUUCCUUCAGGCCAAGAUAAAUUGGACUUUAUUCAGGAAGAUGAAAUCAGAUUAGCUCACUUGCAGCAGCUGACUUGUUGGGAACCAGGUGGAAUGACAGCACUUGAAAAAGGCCUGGCCUUUCAAGAAAAGGACAUGUUCUUUGGUGAUGUACACAAUACUGAACUUAAUAAUAUUGCUGCAGAAACUGACAGUAUUAUUGCCAAAAGCCAACAAGAUGGUCUGAGCAGAAAUGGGCAGGUGAAAGAUGAUUACUUGACAGACAUAGCUGAUGAGCAGAAUUGGACAGAUCUUCUGGGGUCUUGCUGUUUAGAAGAAACCAAUAAUAUAUACAUGGAGGGCAGCCAGAAUGUGUGUGGAAACUAUAGCAAGACGAACCUUCAACAUCAGAUGUCGGGAGAGAACUACACAGAAGAAUACAAAAGUAGGAAUUGUGAUGAAUGGGAACAACAAACGAAAGAAGUUGAGAAUCAAGAUCUGAAAAAUGUAGCUUCGGAUAAUAUAAGUGUCAAAGGUGCAGUUGGUGAUUCCUGCAGAAAUGUCUCUUCCUGUAAUAUAGCGGAAAAGGCCGAGGAGCAAUGUGAACAAGCUAUCAAUUACUCACAGGCUUUAGUUGAAUUCACAGCGAAUAGAAAACUUUAUCCUAUUCUCUCUGAUAGCCUUGGGAGUUCUGGUUCAGGUUCACACUUCGCAAAGGAUAUACAUGCUCUGCCAACAAUGGUAACGUUUGAUGUUGUUGAUGUGGAGAAUGAAGGUGAAUGUGACCAGCAGAGUGAAAUGGUCACAGAUGAGGAAAUUUCUGCAUCUUAUGAGACCUUUGAUAACAGUUAUAUAGAGAAAGAGCUUUAUCACCAUUGUGAUGAUAGAAUGUUUCAUAUUUGUGCCCAGAAUUCCUUCCUUGGCAACUGCUGGGGUGCUGCCAGUCUUCCACGUCACUUUAGCCUUUAUAAAUUAAGUCCGUCGUUGCCAGCACCGUUAUCCCUUAACAGAAGGAGCAAAUCCCUUGAUACUGACAGCUUGGAAUCUGAGCUCAUUGAUUUGUAUCUGUCAAAGGUCACUUCGGUGUCAAAGAGCACCCCACAGUCUCCUGAUGUUCCUCAGUACAAGCAGGACCAUAAGAAAGGAUCGGUUUCUCAUUGGUUUGGCAAAAUAAGUGGUCAAGCAGUUUCUUUGGAAACCCGGGAAACCGCAAACAUUUCAAAUUGCUUGGAGCAGCAGCUUCUUCAACGUAGGGAGGAGCCUUUGUCUUCAGACGAGAGAAAUGCACAGUCCAAGUCUUUCUGUCCUUUGGAUACAGUUUCGGGUACUGAGCACAUUGACCUGGGAGGAGACUUGAGUUUAUACUGUCAAUCUAAUUCUGUUAAACUGCCAGUUCAAAACUUGUCUGCUAAACAGCAUCUGGAACCUAUAAUUAACAAUAAAAUGCUUCAUAGCUCUAGAAAGUUGGUUAGACCCACGCAUCUACCAUUGCAAAAUGAUAGUUGUAUGUUACAGUCAGGGACUGUUUCCUUUAAUUCUUAUGGAAAACAGGCAUACAUUUCAUCUUCAUUAAAUGAGAGACAAAAGGAUGACUUUUCUAAAACUGUACCCUCAGUUCAGUAUUCUGGUUCUGACUCUGAACUUGAUGCUAAAGGAUAUAGGGAUGUCAGGCUACCUCUGGCUCUACCUCCAUUUUGCUCAAAUAAAACAGAGAGCCUGAAACACUGCGUGAACUUCACAGGACUUUACACAACUGCCAACAAUAGCAUGUUUAAGGGAAGAAGCGAUCUUAAAGUGAAACUUCCUGUUGGCUGGAUCAAAAACACUACAAUGGAUGUGUAGCAUUUAACAGACUUUAGGAUGGGAACAUUCACGAGGGUGCUGCAGAAUAUUUAAUUAAUUUGUUUUUGUGUUACUGAUUGUAAAUUCACAAAACAUUUUUUUAAUAUUCACCAAAGGCUUUGAAUAUUACUUUUUUUAGGAAAGAUAUUAGUGUAGCAUUAUUUUUAAAAAAUGUGAAAUGCAUGUUCUUUUUUUAAAAUAUACGUUAGAUGUGGUAAAGUGGAUGGUUAAAAUAGAAUUUCCACUACUUUGGUACAAAAUGCUGCUUCGUUAUAGGCGAAGUAUGGGAAUUUUGUGCUAAAAUAUACCAAAUGUGACUCUUAGCAGUUUGGAAUUUUGUAUUACUGUGCAAGCUUGAUUUAUUUGUACUUCCAGUAUCUGUUCUCUCAAUUAUCUUCAAGGAUUUCAUAAGGUUCUGUGCAUUGAUUUUUCUAACCCAAAAUCAACUGAAUGCAAUGGUAUUAUCAUUUAAUUUUUCAUACGGACUGGAUUUUCAAUCCAACAACAUAAAUAGUGGUAAUCUGGCUUUCCUGUGCUUAAAAUUAAUAUUAGACAUUUCUAUUUAACUGAAGUUUCUCUCAGUCAGGGCUACGUCACUUUUCAAGAAUAUUUUCUGAAAUAAAUGGACCAGUCAUGAAACAAUAAAUUAGUUGAGUCAGACUAAUUUGUUACCUGACAUAGUAGAGUCAUGUAAUAGGUAACUGCAGUUCCAUGAUAAAAGGACUAUUCAGUAGUAAUUGUUAUGGGAGUACCUUAAUCGGUAUUUAAACCAAGCAAAAACUUUGGAAAGAAGUACUGCUUAUACAUCAGGAUUUAUAUGAAGUCUUAGACUUUAAAACGGAUUUUAAUUCCCCAAACGUUUCUGAUGUAGCACCUAAUCAUGAUAGCCAUCUGAUCCCAGCUUUGAUUCCAGAUGAGAUCAACUAAUGUGGCAUUUGGAAGAGAAAAGUUAAUUAUUGACAAGAGGAGCAGUUUUAAGAUCAUCCAGUGAUUCAUACUUUUCUCUUUAGGUUGAGCAACUGUCCAAUACACACUAUCUAGUUUUGCUAUAAAUAUUUACAUGGAUGAAAUAUGGACAUAGAGGACUAUUUAUCAGUUACUGUGGAAUCAUUUCUCUCAGUUGGGGGGAAAUGGGGAACAAGCUCCAGUCCCACCUUAUUUCACAUCAGUUUUAAAAUAAUCAAAGGAAUGAUUAAUUUAAGAUAAAUCAAUUGUAACUAGAAACACUUAAACGAAUGAAAUAAACACUACAAAUUCUGUAUGCUACGUAAAAUUAGUUGCUUUUCUACAAUGCUACUAUCUGAUGUAACAUAGCCACAUUGCAUGUUAUCAUUUGGAUUUGGGUGAAGUGCAACAGUAAGUCAAUGUGAUCUAUGAGAAAUACACACAAUUAUGCAUUUUUGUUUUUUCAAACGUGGGUUGUGCCUAGAGACUGAGACAUCUAAUACUAUGUCAGUGUACUGUGAUUAAAUAACUAAACAGAACUGAAACUGCUUGUUCUGUUUAACAUUUUCUUGUUAAGUUUUAAUUUGUAGCAGAAAGUUGCAAUAUUAGUGCUAAGGUUUAAACCUAAAAUGAAAUUUCUAUGCGCAUACUUGAUGCAACUGAUAAAUUUGUACAUUUAUCUUGUUAACUAUUAAAUGUUGCUUUUAAAGAAAAGGCUAGAAGGGAGAAAAGUCCGCUUCAGUUCCUGCUCAGUCUGUUACUUUGAAACGCCUGCUUCAGGCUUCUAUUUAUUUGGCUGUGCCUGCAUAUUUUGAUUAACCUCCAGAACAGUCAUUGUCUAAGAGCAUUCAUGAAAAUACUCGUGGGUGACUGCGUGAGGAAAUGUGGUAAUGUCUUCAGCAGAGCAAGAAUUGCUGCAUUUUAGAUUACUUACAGUGUGGAAACAGGCCCUUCGGCCCAACAAGUCCACACCGACCCGCCGAAGCGCAACCCACCCAUACCCCUACAUAUACCCCUUACCUAACACUACGAGCAAUUUAGCAUAGCCAAUUCACCUGACCCGCACAUCUUUGUGACUGUGGGAGGAAACCGGACCACCCGGAGGAAACCCACGCAGACACGGGGAGAACGUGCAAACUCCACACAGUCAGUCGCCUGAGGCGGGAAUUGAACCCAGGUCCCUGGCGCUGUGAGGCAGCGGUGCUAACCACUGUACCACCGUGCCGCCCUGCAUCUUUUGCAUCCUAUGAUUGUACUUAUUUUUGGAACACAAUUUUUUUAAAAAUUGGUUGUAAUUCCCAAUGUUCCAGAAGUAGACUCUGUUGCCACAGUCUUUCUUUCUCUUCUCUACCUGAAGAAGGGCUUAUGCCUGAAACGUCGAAUCUCCUGUUCCUUGGAUGCUGCCUGACCUAAUUUUGUUUGAUACAUGGCAUGUUAAUGUUGGGAAAAUUUAGCUUUUCUUUUUUCAGGCAGCCAUUACAAGGAACAGGCAUUUUAAAUCAAGCCCUUGAAAUUCCUCCCAGCAAUGUGUCUCAACCUUUUUACCAAUCCUUUCAUUUUCUAUCACAUGGUGACCUCUGACAUUCUUUAAAUGAUGCUCAGUUGUUGCUUGAUAUUGACAGAUUUGCACAAUUGAGACCAGACAAAUUUUAUAUUAUAAAACAUUCUUAGAGCUGGCAAACCAGCAUUAAAGUUGAGUUAUUUUUAAACAUUAUUAA